UUCAGCUUUCCAGUAAAAUGUUAUACUCUCUUUCAGGAUAUUGAGGAUGUAUUGGAAGAAGCAAAGAAGGCUGAAGUUUUGGCCCUUGUGGCAGUUACUGAACACUCAGGGGAAUUUGAAAAAAUUAUCCAGCUUUCAGAAAGGUACCCUGGAUUUGUCUUGCCAUGCCUGGGAGUUCAUCCAGUUCAAGGGAUUUCUCCAGCCGAACAGUGCAGUGUUACUUUAAAGGACCUGGAUGUUGCAUUACCACUUAUAGAACUCUAUAAGGAUAGAUUGGUGGCCAUCGGAGAGGUUGGACUAGAUUUCACUCCCAGAUUUGCCAGCACGGAUGAACAGAAGGAAGAACAAAGACAAGUCUUGACCAAACAGAUUCAAUUAGCAAAAAGACUGGAUUUGCCUUUAAAUGUCCAUUCUCGUUCAGCUGGAAGACCAACCAUUAAUCUCCUAAAGGAACAAGGUGCUGAAAGGGUGUUGCUCCAUGCAUUUGAUGGAAGGCCAUCUGUGGCAAUGGAAGGAGUGAAGGCUGGCUAUUUCUUUUCCAUUCCUCCUUCCAUUGUAAGAAGUGAACAGAAGCAGAAGCUUGUGAAACAGUUGCCCUUAGAUUGUAUGUGCUUAGAAACUGACUCUCCAGCACUAGGUCCUGAAAAACAGGUGAGAAAUGAACCAAAGAAUAUUUUCAUUGCUGCAGAAUAUAUUGCCAAAAUGAAAGGAAUCCAAGUGGAGGAAGUUAUAAAAGUGACAACACAGAAUGCACUGAAACUGUUUCCCAAACUUCAGGAAUUUCUCUUGAAAUAAACCCAAAAAUGUUUAAAA